GUUUGUCUGAAGUCUCUGCACAACAUUUCCCGUAGAAGAGUAUUGCAGGAAAGGCAGCAAUGAUGUUAUGUUUAUUAUUGAUCCUUGCCAGUUUGACUCAAGCAGUCCCGCACGAGAAAAUGGUUGAACAUAGGAGUCUCUCGAGCGUAUAUACAGUUGUGGAUGGCCCAAUAACCUGGUAUGAUGCUAAAGCAAAAUGUGAAGCAAUGGGUUGUACACUAGCACAACCCAAAUCUGAACAAGAAAACAACGCUAUACAGGCUAUACUACCAGGAGGAGGGUUUUUUUGGCUUGGAAUAACUGAUCUGAACCACGAAGGGCGAUUCACUUACUACACUGACGAUCAAGACAUUGUAUACAAUAAUUGGAAACUUGGACAGCCAAACAAUUUUGACAACAUCCAACACUGUGUUGAUAUGAAUUUCAAUUCAGAAUGGAAUGACUAUAUCUGUGAUGAUACGGACACUGGCGCAAUCUGCGAGUGCCCUCCUCCUCCUCCUCCUCCUCCUCCUGGUGCGAGUGGUGAUCCUCAUAUAAGGACAUUCGAUAGUCGUGCAUAUACAUUCCAAGGAACAGGCUGGUACAUCCUCUUCAAGGACUGCACCAACAAGCCUCGUUUUGAAGUCACAGCUAAGUUUGAACCAAGAGAAGAUAGUACACCAGACCAAGUUCGAACAAAAAUUAUCGCAUUCAACGUAACAGUUGGAAAUCAAUACGCGAUCGUUAAUGGACUGGAUGUUACUACAGGAAGUACCGGUGGACAGGUGACUGACGCAAAAGUUAUAACAAUACAGGAAGAGGAUAAACAUAUAAAACUUCAUUUCACUUCGAAGGACACAACAUUCACUUUUAAUUGGACUCUGAGAAAGCAUGUAUUAGAUGUAUCAUACAAUGGCUCUUUUUACAAGGGAAGCUAUGCGGUCUGAUGGGUAAUGCAGAUGGUGAUACUCGGAAUGACUUCCAGAAAACAGAUGGUAGCAAUG